AUGUAUAAAAAAUAUUUAUUACUAUUAAUAUCGGUGACAACGUUAAUCGUUGCCAAUGGAGGAGCUGUUCCGACUGUUGUAGUUGGUGAAGAUUGGUCGUUCCCAGCAAGUGUCCAACAAGCUCCAAACUCUGGUUUAUAUAGUGAGGAAGCUUCACCCAACUAUAAUGUAAACCUAAAGGUUUUCGAUGUUGCAUGGAAACAAAUUAACCCUUCACAAGGUGUUUAUGCCACCAAUAUCCAAGCUACUGUUAAAGAUAUGCCAUUUGCUACAUUCGCAUCCCAAAAUGCUUCAACCAGUCCAUUUUGGAUGAGAAUUUGGAACUCUGGUGAUUUGUGGGCACCAUCUUAUGUAAAAACAUUGUGUAAUGUUGGAGUCAUUGGUAAAGACUAUGAUGGUGAAGGUCACCUCCCAAUUUGGAAUACCUGUGUAUGGAAUGAAAUUAAAGCUAUGUAUAGAUAUUUCUUUUUAACUAAAAACAUGAGAGCUGAUCCAAGAUUAAAGUUUAUCCAAAUUCCAGGUGCAUUCAAUUGGUGUGAGUUUGAUUUUGAUGUCAUUGGAAAUUAUUCGACCUCAACUGGUUAUACUUUUGCUCAAUUCAACACUUGGUUCCAAACAGCCAUGGAUGAUUUGGUUUAUAUCUUUAAUGGUGAGAAUAAUGAUCCAACCGAUGACUAUGCCUAUAAAUUGAUUUACACUGGUGAGGACUACCCAUUCGAUGUUGAUAGCUGGCCCGCUGCCAAGAAUAAAUUGGCAUCCGAUGCAGUCAAUAGAGGAAUGGGUAUCAGAACUGGAAUUACUGAGGUUUCCAAUUUCCAUUUGUCAAACAUCCCAGCCUAUGGAUACUUGAUUGACUCGAAUGGCUACAUGGUUCUGAACAAAUCAUCGAUACUCCAAAACAAUCCAAAGCGUGUUAUUGCCACAGAGAACGAGUGCUACAAUGCCUGUGGCUACAAGGUUCCAGCCGCCAACAUUUUUUACGCCGUCAAGAUGUCUAAUCUAAAAGCGCUUCAAAUGGGUGUUAACUGGCUUUAUGUUGUAAACAACGACAGUUACCUUAAACAGUACACAGCUCAUUGGAACUGGGUGAGACUCUCAUUGGGUAGAUAUCCAAACACUGCAUUCGAUGCUUGGGUAGCUCUGAGAGACGCUCAGGAUAAGUUUAGCUAUGGAUUCUCAUGGACUGGUGCUCCAUACGUCAAGAACUACGAGCGUUUCUUGACUCAGCGCGAUGUCGUUGGUGCAGUCACCAAGCGUGGUACCACCAAAUACACCAACGUAGUCGAGUCCAACAAUGGAAUUGCCUAUGAGGGUAGACAAACCGAUAUUCCAAACAAUCCAUCGAUUGUAUUCUAUUUGGACGAUCAAUUCAUUGUGCCAACCAGUAAUAUUUCCACACCAGUUCAGGUAAAGGUUACUUAUCUCGAUAAUCAAGCAACUUCCUGGAUAUUACAAUAUACCAAUACCGCUGGUGUCUUGGUCAGUUCCGACCCAGUUGUUCAACAAGGAACUUCAAAGGCACUAACCACUGCUACAUUUACAUUGACCGAUGCUCUCUUCCAAAACAAUGUUCAACCUGGUAACUCUGAUUUCAAGAUAACUACCACUGGAUCCCAAAACAUUGAAAUUUGGUUUGUUAGAGUUAUUAAACAAUAA